GUGCCCAACCGAAUAAUUUUAAUGAAAGACGUGAUAUCUGAUAGUGGUGUAUAGUAAUGUGCUGUUUAUAAACAGAAUACUCGAAGUUGGCGAUUAUGCUGACGGACGAACAAAAGAAAUACGCUACCAGCGCCUUCGAAAGCCUUGUUAAGAAGCGCACUGGUUCUCUUCCUAGCAACAAGGAGACGCUGACCUCCGCGGUGCGCCUCGCUGGACUAAACCCGACUGACCACGAGAUCGAUCAGCUCAUGACUGUAUCAGACCUUAGCGACGCCGGGCUGACCAAGGAGGAGUUUCUGUCUCUGUUGGCGCGCCUGGAGUGGCGCAGUCCGGAGGAGGCGCGGCGCACACUGCACCAAGACUUUACCAUGUUUAUAGACAACAACGCCCAGACCAUAGCGGACGAAGAGUUCGUAGCGAUUCUGACCCGCGAGGGCGGCGAAAAACUGACCGUGGACGAGGCCAAUCGGAUCGUCAGCAGGUUCGAGCGGGACGCACAGGGCGACCUUGACCUUAAAGAUUUGAUCGAGCAGCUGCUCGCGGUCACACCGCGUUGAAUCGUGGAUAUGAAGGACACAAACACUUCCGUUACUAUACUUUAAGUUGUUAAAGACAUGCGAAAU